AAGCCCGUGACCGUGCUAGUGAUCGGCAUGGCCGGCAGCGGCAAGACGACGCUCAUGCAGCGGCUGGCGGCCUACGGCGUGGACGCGGGGCUGCGCAACUACGUGAUCAACCUGGACCCGGCGGUGCGCAAGACGGGCUACACGGCCAACGUGGACAUCCGCGACACGGUGGACUACAAGCAGGUCAUGAAGGAGUACGGCCUGGGCCCCAACGGCGCCAUCAUGACGUCGCUCAACCUGUUCGCCACGCGCUUCGACCAGGUCGUCGACCUGCUGGGCAAGCGCAGCAACGACCUCGACUACGCCAUUGUGGACACGCCCGGCCAGAUCGAGGCGUUCACGUGGUCGGCGUCGGGCCAGAUCAUCACCGAGUCGCUGGCGUCCACGUUCCCGUCCGUGAUCGUGUACGUGGUGGACACGCCGCGCACGGCCAGCCCCAACACGUUUAUGUCCAACAUGCUGUACGCCUGCAGCAUCCUGUACAAGUUGAAGCUGCCGUUCGUGGUCGUGUUCAACAAGAUCGACGUGCUGCGCCACGACUUCGCCACCGAGUGGAUGACGGACUUCGAGGCCUUCCAGACGGCGCUGGACGAUGCGCAGGACGACAGCUACAUGGGCAGCCUCUCGCGCUCGCUGAGCCUCGUGCUCGAGGAGUUCUACAACAACCUCACGUCCGUCGGCGUGUCGGCCGCCACGGGCGAGGGCAUGCCCGAGUUCUUCGCCGCCAUCGACAAGGCCGCCAAGCAGUACGAGGACGAGUACCUGCCGGACCUGCUGGCGCGCAUCAAGCAGCAGAAGCAGAAGACGCACGACCAGCAGGAGGCCACGCUCGCCAGUGUCAUGCAGGACAUGGAGAUCUCG